UUGGAUAUGUGUGACGUCACUUUCGCGGGUAGUUUGUUAUUCCUGUACUUUUCAGUUUAGCGCGAAUUAUAAUUCAUUCUUCUCAACUGGGAAAUUGUUUUACUGGGAUUGUGGUUUUCACAAAUUAUUUUUUCAUUUUUGAGUUUUAAUGUGAAGAUGUUUCAUUCAAUUGUUAAUAGAAAGGUAUUUGGGAGAUCUUACGGAAAAUCUGGCCAUUAUCCUCUCCUGUCACUGCUUGAUUCUUUCCAUUGUAUGCAGCAGGAUGAACACGUUUCGUAUGGGACUGAAGCCAUCCCAGUCCCUCCAUUUGGCUGUACAUUUUCUACAGCCCUAGGCCAGCACCACCUACUUGCUGUUGCAAAUGAAGAAGGAAUUGUGCGGCUUUAUGACACAGAAUCUUACAAGGGAACCCCAUAUUUCCGAGAAUGGAUGUCUCACUCAAAUGCUGUCUUUGAUAUUGCCUGGGUCCCUGGCGAGCAGAAACUGGUCACAGCUUCGGGAGACCAGACAGCCAAACUGUGGGAUAUUGGAAAUGCAGAGUUAAUUGGAACAUUCAAAGGACAUCAGUGCAGUCUGAAAUCUGUGGCAUUUGCAAAAUAUGAAAAAGCUGUGUUUUGCACUGGCGGGCGUGAUGGAAAUAUCAUGGUCUGGGACACCAGGUGCAAUAAAAAAGAUGGAUUUUUCAAGCCAGUGAAGCAGAUAAGUUGUGCCCACAACACUCUUGACAAAUACACACCUUCAAAACAGAAAAAGAAACGUCACAGUGCAAGAGGAUUGGCUCCUUCAGUGGAUUUCCAGCAGAGUGUAACAGUGGUGCUUUUUCAGGAUGAACACACACUUGUUUCAGCAGGAGCUGUUGAUGGUGUAAUUAAAUUUUGGGAUUUGAGGAAGACGUAUGCUGCAUGUAAACAAGAUCCUGUGCCUUCCAAAUGUUACCAGUAUCCUGGAACCAGCAGCAGAAAGCUUGGUUACUCUAGCCUCACACUGGAUUCCAGUGGCACCAACCUGUUCGCUAAUUGCACAGAUGACAAUAUUUAUAUGUUUAAUGUUGCUGGAUUGAAAACAACACCAGUUGCAGUAUUCAGUGGGCAUCAAAACUCUACCUUUUACAUCAAGUCGAGUGUAAGUCCUGAUGAUCAGUUCUUGGUUAGUGGCUCAAGUGAUCACAAAGCAUACAUCUGGGAGAUCUGUAAGCCCCAUGUUGCCCCUACAGUGCUACAGGGGCAUUCACAGGAGGUUACUUCAGUUACCUGGUGCCAGUCUGACUUCUCAAAGAUUGCAACCUGUUCUGAUGACAACACUGUACGAAUCUGGCGUCUGUUGCGCAACUUUGAGGAUGAAAAAUCGAGGUUGGGAGAACAGAGUUUGGUGGGAUGGGCAAACCAAAGGAAAGAAGCAGAAAAAGAAAGGGGAGUUGCACUGUUGAGCGACUCUUGUAGUAGAAUAGACCGAGUUGAGGAUAGCCUUCCUGUUUCUUCACCAAGACCAGCAACCUGUGCCCCUAAGCUUACUGGAGACCUACCACUUUCUUCCAACACCAUAUCUGCACUCAAAAUGCCUGUUUCAAAAAGUCAGUCCUCGUCAAAGCAGACUGGAUCAAUUUUUUCCUUCCCCAAAUCUGCAUCUGCAUCAGAGAUGUCCAUAAGAAAGUGGAUGACCCAAACAUCAAAUUCUUCUUUACCUCAAUCCAUAGCUAAGCCAUCUUCACCUAGAAAAAUUCUGACUCCUGUUGGGCAGAGCACUGUACGCACAGUUACUGAGCAUGAACUAAUGAAGUCUCAAGAAAGAAAAGUUAAGCGUAGACUGAACACCAACAGUGAAACAAACCCCAAGGAGCAAGACUGUUUGGAGAGUUGCAGUUGUGUAUCAGAACUUGAUCCAGCUUCAAAAAAACGCAAGCUGGACUUGUGUUGCCUUGCAGAGUUAGAAAGUGCUGUUGUUCAUGAUCUGGACGGUUCUGAAUUGAGCAGAACUGAAAUGCCUGACCUCAUUCUAGAGGAAUCCUCCCCUCCUAGAAGCCCUCUUUCUUCAGUGCCUUGCAAGACCCCAUCCCCUUCCUUUAAACUGCACUGUAGCUCAUGGACCGAAGUACUGGAUAAGGAGAACUCACCAGCACAGAGGAACUGGUUAACGGCAAUGUCUGAGAAGGUGAGAAUCGACAAGGGGCUGUCAACUUCACGUUCCGGUAAUACUCCUAGCCCUCCCUCACGGAGUCCUGGAACAAGACGUCAAGAGACAAAGCAUCCAGCCAUCUCCCCAACCGACAGCUGUCCAAGCCCCAUGAGGAAAAUCUCUACUUACUUCAAAAGAAAGCUGCAGGACUGAACAGAAUUCCACAUUACCAGGGAAAAAAAACAAAUCCAGGAAUGGGAGCCCCCCCCCUUGUAUUCCACACUGAGGACUGUCAAAAUGAUGGUAGCAAAAAAAAACAACAUUCUGCUGUGGAAGCAUUCUGUGGAUGAAUAGCUGAUGGAUUUUAUCUUCUUUUAUGCUCCAUCAACUUACAGCACUUGGAAUUUUAUAUAAUUUACCAUCAAUGAUAAAGUAAAAUACUCACAUAAAUAAUUUUUAUUAAAUAAAUUAUGUUCCAGGAUCAGAUGUAAAUUCAGUGGCUGUAAAUACAAAUUAAAAGAAUUCAUUUUUUCUUCACUUUUUUACAUUUAUUCUUCCUAAAGGCAGCCGGAAAUUCAUAAAUGCUGUUCUAGAGCUGGUUUUAGGUUAGAGGGCUAAAGCAAUAAACACUUUUUUAAUGGGCAGCUUGGAUGUUUUCCAUGUUUCUCAUUUGUAAGAAACUGGUUCAUUAAAUGCACUUGUAUUGGAGUCCGUGAAAGUAAGGGGAUGGCUUUACCCUUCUAUUUUAGCUGUUAUCUAGGACACCAAAGAUGCAGUUUACAAGGGAGUUUUACCAAAUGGUUAUAAAAUUAUCUAUUUUCACCUGUUUGUGUCCUGGGCUAGCAAUUGCUCAGCUGGAGUGGUUUUAAGGUAAACAACUCUAGGAGAAGCUAGGUCAUCAUGCAAUGAAUCCUGCCCAAAUGCUGCUGUAGUACGUGCUGUGUCAACUGUAUUAAUAGCUUCUGUAUGUGGAAUUUUAAUAUAAUAAACCAACAUUUUACCUUUUGUGUACAAGUCCUUGGAGUCUUAGCAGUUGAAACUGAUAUAUCCUCAAAUUUAUGAAUGGUGCAGCAGAGGAAGUGUGUGACAUUUAAAAUUUGAGUCUUACCAAACGUCUUCUAAUUUGCUCCAGUGAAGGUGCCUUGCUUUGUGAAAGUUUAAUUUUUGUAUGUUUAGGAAAAAUAAAUUCACGGUAUUUUAUCUGUCA